AUGUUGGACAAUAGUCCAUUGAGUGAUGAAGGGAAAUUGAAGGCAUCCAGAUUAAACAAAGUUUUUGCCAAUAUUCCAAUUAAAGAAAUUUUUGUAUCCCCAUAUGAACGUACGAUUGAGACAGCUCUUUAUUUGUUGGGAUACAACAAAAUUGAGAAAGAUUCAAUAAAAAAGGAAAAUAACAAAAUAAAAGUUAAAACAAUUUCAGAAGAAAUUAAAAAUAACGAUUUAAAAAUUAAAUUAGAGCCCGGAUUUAUUGAAAAAUUAUCACAAUGUGGAGAUAAUUCGACAGGUUAUGAGGAAUGUAAGGAAUUGACAAAACAUCAUAAAGGGUUAAAUUGUGAAUAUAAGCCUAUUUUUACUAGAGAAAAGGCUGAAAGUUUUAAAGAGCUAGAAAAUAGAAGAUGGGAUAUUGCUUGUAUUCCUCGAUUAAAAGAAGUGUUUACACAGCUUUUGAAGAACAAUGCCGGAAAAACUAAAUUAAUUAAAAAAUCUAAAAAGGAGGAGGAGGGGGAAGCAAAUGAAUGGUUAUCUCCGGGAGAAGAAAAUGCUGAACAUAUUGUUAUUGUUUCUCAUGGAAUGGUGAUUAGUUCGUUAGAACAAAUGGUUUCUGGGAGAUAUACUAAUGUGCCACAGGCUUCAAUAAUGAAAAUUGUUGAACUUGAAGAAGAAAAAAAGGAUCAGAAAAAACAAAAAAAGUCAAAGUAG